UGCAAACUUCAGAGCGGUGUGGAAAGAACUGAGCCCAGCUCCGAAUCCAGCCUCCCCUCCAUGAACUAUUUCGACACAUGCUGCUGUUUUGAUAAAGCGCCCCGCGACAUCAAAGAUCCCCGGACAUUCUGUCUUCUGCACCCUCCCAUCGGAGGGGAAGUGCGAAAGCAUGUAUCCGGAGUCUCAAGGACAGCUUCUACACUACAGCAAUCAGACUAUUGAACGGACCCCUAAUACAAUAAGAUGUAAUCUUGACCUCAAAAUCCUACGCUUCGUGGAUUUUGAAAUUUAUAAUCUGCCUACACUACAAUUUCUCUGUAAUUUCGAUACUUAAUUCUGCAUUCUGUAACUGAAUAACCUUGUUCUACUCCAAUGAAGUGACCUGUACACGGAUGUGGGUGGGAUUUCUCCUGUCUGUGAUGUACAUCUGAAUUAAUUCUAAUUAUCUGGAUAGACAUGGUCAUGCUGCACCUUGGUAGGCGAAAUGCUCGGAGAGAGCACAAGAUCAGAAGAGCUACAGAAGGUAUCAUUCCCAAAUGUGAAAGGUCUAUCACCAGAGGGAAUUGAACCCGGGUCGCUGGUACUGUAAACCGCUACGCUAAUCAUCACGUGUCCGUGCCGCCCUUCUCCUUGUCAACAGCCACACAACAAGAAACACAAUGGAGUCUACGAAAUCACCACAACAUGUUCAUCCCCACAAGACCGUCAUUUACCUCAUGUGUGGAAAAGGAACAAAGCGGGCAAACAAUAAUACAGAUAUUCAAAAUGAUAAACUCGUGACACUCUCUCUUUCCGUUCUUUCGCACCUCCUCUCUCUCGUUCCAUUGUCUCUUCCCUCUCUCACUCACUCCCCCAGUCUUCCCCACACUAUCGCUGUCUCUCUCACACAUGCCACUCCCCAUUCACUCAGAACAUCGCUUCCUCUUCUCGCGCAGCCAUAUACCCUCCCCUCUCUCUUUUAGUUUUCUCUCCCCCAUUCUCUCACAUUUUCCCGCCCACCGGUCCCCUCUCACCAUCCCCUGAAUUCUCCUUCUGUUUAUCUGAGUGGUCUCUCCACAGGUCCGCAUAAACAGGAGCCGAACGACAACAUCGGAAAUGGACCGGACCGUAAGAUGUCGCUACUCAGCAUGGUUACGUCCGUCUUCUUCCUGACCGUGGUCGGGCUGUCGAUCCAUGUAUCACAGAUUCGUCAGUCUAAGGUCACCUGCAAACGAACCGAUAAUGAAUUAAAUUCAACCCUUCAAUCCAUGGUUUCGGCGCUCAAUUCUAAUCUGUCUGUUCUUCAACAAAAACACAGCGAUCUCCGUCACCAGUUCUGUGGAUUGUUGACCAGCAGAAGAGAGGAAAUUUGUUCCAAGGAUUUGGUCAGAUAUGGAGACCGGUGUUACUUGUUCUCCACGUUUGAAAUAUCUUACAAUGGAGCUCGUCUACUUUGUUCAAACAUUGAUUCAAUGCUCCUGGAAAUCAAUUCGCAGGAUGAAGCGAAUUUUAUCGAGAAAGCUGUCCACGACCAAGGCAGUUCAUACUGGAUUGGAAAAUGCGAAGACGGGGAAGUGGCCUUAAAUGUCGUGUACAAUGUGAACGCUGGGAAGUCCGAAUGCAGUAAAUGUAAAUCCAGUUGCAAAAAUGACCAGUACCGUUUCAUCUGUGAGAAGUCUGCACCUUUCUGCCCGGAUAUUUCUGAAAAGGUCCGAAAUCUCUGUCAACAGCCCGUGGAGCCGACUUGAAUCAAAUGACAAUACCCUCUUUCUCUAUUUCUCUCUCCUAUUCUCACUAACCCAUUCUCUCUUCCCCUCGCCACUACCCUAUUCUCCUCCCUCCUUCUAUCGCCUCUUUCCUCGCCAUGUCGCCUUCUCUUUACCCUCAUUCCAAACUCUCUCUCUCUCAUCCUCCUCCAAUCCUACCUCACCUAUUACAUCCCUAAUUUCCUUCCUCUCACUUUCUUGCCGCCCUCUCCUCCCACUCUUCUCUUCACACUCUCUCCCCCGAUUCACUACUUCCUCUCUUCUCUUCACACUCUCUCCCCCGAUUCACUAUUUCCUCUCUGCCCCUCUCUUCCCAUCUCACUCUUUCAUUUAUCUAAACCCACUGCAACUCCCUUUUCUCUUUCCAGCUACUCUCACCUCAAUCAUGUCACUGAUGUCCUCGAUAUCCCAGCCCUGGGGAAAUAGAGCGCACGCAUUCGCCUUAUCUCUGUCCCUAGUGGUUUUAUACACCUCUGUAAGUUCACCGAAUCAAGCCUAAAAUUUCCCGACCUCGCUUCAUAAUUCCAUCCCUCGUGUCCCGGCAGCAUCCGCGAAAGUCUCCUGCUGCAGUUUUUCCAGCUCAGCGGCAUCUAUCCCACAGCUAGGCGACCAGAACUGAACACCGUGCUCCAAAUCUGUCCUGACCGACGUCCCGUAUAACUGCAACUUGACCUGAGACUCCCGUACUCAGUGUCCUGACUGAUGAAGCCCAGCGUGUCAAAUGUCCUGUCCAGCUUCAUCGCAUGAUUUCUGUCGGAUUCACGGUCUGUUUUAUUAUCUGUGACUUAGACCACCUGGGAUUUGGUCUUUUAAAGUAUCAGCAGGGAGCAAAUUUAUAAAAUUAAUGUAAAAUUCAAAAAGCUAAUAAA